CGCACUUUCUGUGAAGAAGAGAAGACGCGCACCGCAUACCAGGGCAAUAUUAUUUUGAACCUGCUUACCUGGCUGUUCAGUCAGACAAGGGCUGCCAGGUGAUUCAACAAACACUUUAACCCAUCGGAGAACUCACCACAUAGAUUACAAAGAUGCCUGUCGAAACACCGUCAGUCAGACACACGUCUACAGUUGGUCGCUUCCCAUCAGUCACACUGGGAUUGGGGAAAGAUGAGCCUGGGAAGGAGGAGCCAGAGGAGAACACAGAGGAAGGGGGGUGUCGACAAUGGUUACGUAAGAUCUGUCCUUGUUGCUGUCAAAGACAGAGCGAUGAUGAUGACAUCACAGAUAAGGUCGUCACAGGGAUUGUUGAUGUAGACAACCUUGUUGGGAAUGAUGACAAGCCAGUCACUAAUGGAAGUAAGCUUGAAGAGAUUUUGUUGAGGGUGAGGUCGAUAGACCUGAUGAAAACCAAGAAAGGUCAGAACCGCAUGGAGCAUCACACAGACCGUUACUACGGUGAUGACCUCAUCAUCCGCAGGGGUCAGAUCUUCAUGAUGUGGCUUGACCUCUCACGACCUUACAAUCCCAACACGGACAGACUCCACCUGGAGCUUAGGACAGGACCCUUGCCUACAGUGGCAAAGGGCACCCAUGUCAUCAUCCCAUUGGUUGAGGAGCUGGAGGAUGACCGUUGGGAGGCCAAGAUUGUGCAACGGGACGGCAAUAGGCUCAAGCUGUCCGUCAACUCCCUGCCCACAGCCGUGAUUGGCCGAUAUCAGCUCACCGUGGCAACGCAAAGCCCGAAGGGGGAGGCCACAUCUACACAUGACCCUGGGAAUGACAUCUGCAUGCUGUUUAACCCCUGGUGUGAAGAUGACACAGUGUACAUGGACGAUAGCGAUGAGAAGAACGAGUAUAUCCUGAAUGAUGUUGGAAGGCUCUACUAUGGCACAGAGAAUCAAAUUGGUUCAAGAACGUGGAACUAUGGACAGUUUGAUAAGGGGAUCCUGGAUGCCUGUCUUUAUGUUUUGGAGAAGAGUGCGACGCCCCCUUCAGGCUGGGGAGACUCUGUCAACGUGGUACGAGUCAUAUCAGCCAUGAUCAACUCCCCAGAUGACGGGGGGGUCCUGGAGGGGAACUGGUCAGGGAACUAUGUGGGCGGGACUUCCCCUACAGCCUGGAGUGGCAGUGUGGACAUCCUGAAGAAGUACCAUAAGGACGGAGGCACACCGGUCAGAUAUGGCCAGUGCUGGAUCUUCUCUGGGGUCACCACCACAGUGUUGAGGUGUUUGGGCAUUCCCUCCCGUAGUGUGUCCAACUUCAACUCCGCCCACGACACAGAUCGCUCCUUGACAAUAGACAUGUACUUCGAUGAGAAGUUGGAGUCUAUAGAUCACCUCAACUCUGACUCAAUGUGGAACUUCCAUGUGUGGAACGACUGUUGGAUGGCUCGUCCAGACUUGCCACCAGGUUAUGGCGGCUGGCAGGUAGUAGACUCCACCCCCCAGGAGACCAGCCUGGGCACCUACUGCUGUGGCCCCGCCUCCGUCAAUGCCAUCCGUAACGGACAAGUGUUCCUGAAACAUGACUCACCAUUCGUCUUUGCCGAGGUGAACAGUGAUAAGAUCUACUGGCAGAGGAACCUGAAUGGCACCUUCACCCAGAUCCACAGUGAGAAGAACGCAGUGGGCCACUGUAUCAGCACCAAGGCCGUGGGCUCUGACGAACGCAACGAUAUCACACACCUUUACAAGUACCCAGAAGGCACAGAGGAGGAACGCAUCGCUGUGGAGACUGCCAGUCGCUAUGGCUCCAAACCAGAUACCUACUCCUCUCCCAUCGCUCAGGAUGUAUCCAUAGAAGUGACCAUGGAUGGGGAGGGGCCACGCAUGGGGGGAGAUGCAGAACUGUCCAUCGUCAUGCGCAACGCUAGUUCUCUACCACGCACUAUCAACCUCCACAGCCAGGUGGCAGUCAUGUACUACACUGGUGUGCUCAAGGCUACUGUCAAGAAGGACCAAAUUCCUGUGGAGCUGCUACCAAAUGAAGUGAAGACCCUGGAGUGGAUCCUUCAGUACCAGCACUACCAGGACCAGCUGGUGGACCAGGCUGCUCUGAUGCUGACCCUGUCGGGCAGGGUCAGUGAGACACAGCAGGUUCUGGCCACUCAGUUCAGCUUCCGCCUCCGCACCCCUGACCUCAUCAUUAAGCCGGUAGGGGAGGCUGUGGUGGGUAAAAAGAUGGCGGCUGAGAUCUCCUUCACCAACCCUCUGCCAUGCACACUGAAAGGAGUGGUGUUCCGUGUGGAGGGGCUGGGCCUGCAGAGUGUUCGACAGAUCGCUGUUGGUGACGUGGCCAGUCACUCCUCUGUGGUUCAGACGGAGGUCUUUGUCCCCAGCCUGCCUGGACCCAGGAAACUGUUGGCUUCACUGGACUGUAAACAGCUCACACAGGUUCAUGGUGUUGCUGACAUCAACGUGAAGGAGAUAUAAGUCUUCGGACACCAUAGACCUCUCUUGGUCUGCUUGACUAUUGAGGCAUAAUCACUACGGAGGUUAGCAGAAAUCAUCUCCCUCCCUCUCCCCCCUAACACUGGUGUUGCUGUUGAGUCCAUUAUGAUGUUCGAAAGUACAGUUUAAGCUUGAGAUACAGGAAAACCAUACACCAUGCAAGACAAGCAUUUUCAAUAGUCAUAUUGUUACACAUUUUUCCAUUCCCCCCUCUCAAUAUCAGACUGGACCUGUAUAAUGUGCCUUGAAAAGUGCCUAAACAAAUGAUUGCAGCCCUUACAAGAGUAAUAUUAGGACCUGAAGCAUACCUACUGAACAGAGCACCAGUUAGUUAUAUGACACAUGGGAACAACGUUUGUUCAGCAUACUGUACAGUACAGCAAUAAUACUGUAUACAGAAUGUGUGGCUUGUUAUAUUGGCAGAGCAUUGGCAGAACAUAUAUAUAUAUAUACACAUCUUUGACACCACCAGAUUUAUCUCAGCUGUUAUUUUUCUAACACUUAUUAAAAGGGGUAUGUGUUAACUUACACUGUACAAUUAUCUAAUACUAUGGUGUUAUUAACUUAUAAACAUUGUUAUGGAUUUGAAGAGAUCAGUUAUUUCAAACACAUAUCCAUGCUUAUGCACUACUUGUGGUGUGAAUGUCUAAAAGUCUUUCUAUGUGAACUGGAUGAACAAGUCAGUAUUAGGAAGUCAAGUUAAAUCUGCUCCAUCCCAUGCUUUUUGGAUCCAGGUUUUGUAUUAACAUCAGAUGUGCUGUUAUUUUGCACUUCUAAAUAUCAGCUCAAUAUUAACUACACAAUUAGCUCUGAACUAAAUUAAGCACCCAAGGUAGUGGUUUAUGACAAAAUUAUGAAAUGGCAGCUACACACAUGCUUAUUUUUCACAAACAGCAUAGAAUCUGUAAAUGCUUUAAUAGUUUAUUAUAUUUCUGUGCUAUUUAAUUUUUAUACUAUGUGAGUAAAUUAAUUUCACUUCAA